UCCCCAUUUUACAUGUUUAGUGUUAUCUUUCUAGACAUUUCCCAGUCACCAUGCAUCCGGAAAUAACUGUGCUCUUGAUCUGAUCUGCAAAAGAGAGACCUGUGGUGACCUUCACUCCAUGCUGGAACAAGAUCUUCCGAGGAGAGACUAUAACAAUGACUUGUGAUGUGAAGCCGGCUAGUCCAGUAAAUAUGAGCUACUCCUGGUACAAGGAUAAUAACAGGAUACACACAGGACAAAGCUUUGUAAUUACAAGUGCAGAAACCCCACACGUUGGGAAUUACCAGUGCGAAGGCGAUUAUUCCGAGAGAAGUGACCUCAUUCCACUGCACGUCAGUAAAGACUGGGUGAUCCUGCAGGUUCCUCUCCAUGUUAUUGAAGGUGACGAUGUGACUCUGAGAUGUCGCCAUUAUCCCGGAUAUUCUGCAAGGCAGACUAAAUUUUACAAGGAUAAUGUCGGGAUAAGGAACUGGGAAUCUGAUUCUGUGUUGCACAUAAGAAACAUAACAAUGGAAAGAUCCGGUGGAUAUAAAUGUAAAAAAGAGGUCUAUCACAACUUAUUGUAUUAUAAGCACACAGGAGAAGAUGUUAUAUCUGUAAAAGAGUUGUUUACCUACCCAGAGAUAACGAUGAGCCAUUAUCCAGUAUUAGAAAACGAUACCGUGACCCUGACAUGUAAGACCAAUCUCAGUCCACUAGGACAGAAGACAGAGCUGCUGUUUGCAUUCUACAGAGAUGAACAGAAUGUUCAGAAAUUUGGUUUAUCCAGUCAAUAUGAAAUCCAGUCUGCUUACAUGAAGGAUUCUGGGAAUUAUAUCUGUGAAGUGAAAGCCAAAAGAAUGCUGAAGAGGAGCAAAGCAAUAAAUAUUGAAAUAAUAAGUCAAAUAAAAAAAAAAUCAGUAACUAAGCAGAACAUAGUCCGGAUAAUAAUAUCAGGAUUCAUACUGAUCAUUGCUUUUGUUUUCAUCUUUUAUCAUUUGAAAUUUAUGAAACGUCUUAGCACUGUAAGUGAAGGAUCCCCAGCCAUAAGACUGUGAUAAAGACUGAUGGCUUUUCACCUAUCGGAUUGUCUGAGCAGGUCUACACUGCGGAGUACACAAUGAGGACACCAUCUUGGAUCACCAGUCCAAAUAAAGAACUAUAAUGAGCUAGCUUUUAGUUGUUUGCGAUAUUCUACUCAUUCUCAUCCCAUUUCCAGUACAGGAGAUGUCAUUUCCUAUUAGACCUAUAGUGGUGGCUCCUUACUUACCGUCAGAGGUGGCUCUAGGCUUUGUGAGGCCUUAGGCAAAAAGGCCAUGAGGCCCCAUGAGGCCUCUUAGACAUGAGGCCCCAUGAGGCCCCUUAGACAUGAGGCCCCAUGAGGUCCCUUAGACACGAGGCCCCUUAGACAUGAGGCCCCAUGAGGUCCCUUAGACAUGAGGCCCCUUAGACAUGAGGCCCCAUUAGGCCCCUUAGAGAUGAGGCCCCAUGAGGCCCCUUAGACAUGAGGCCCCAUGAGGUCCCUUAGACAUGAGGCCCCUUAGACAUGAGGCCCCAUUAGGCCCCUUAGAGAUGAGGCCCCAUGAGGCCCCUUAGACAUGAGGCCCCAUGAGGCCCCUUAGACAUGAGGCCCCAUGAGGCCCCUUAGACAUGAGGCCC